AUGAUUCGGGAACCCUAUUAUAGCUCAUCAAGUGCCACUUCAUAUAUCAAACCAUCAAAUCCCAAAAUAUAUUCAUUUAUUUCUCAUGAUUUACCAACCAUUAAUUCAAACCAUAUUAGUGUAGCUCCAAGUUAUCAAUUAUCCGCCAUAAAGCUUUCUCCACCACCAACCACAUCUCAUGGAUCUAAAUCAUCAUUAAGAAGAAAUUCAGUUGAACCUUAUUAUACAAAGGCUGUUAAAAUUGGUACUUUACCUCCAAGAAUUUCUUCAAUCUUUAAAUAUACUUUUGUUGAUGAUGAAGAUGAUAUUCAACCACAUCAUCGUCAAAAAGAUAAUUCAGAUGAUUUAGAUGAUUAUGCUGUAUUAUCAGAUUCUGAUAAUGAACCAGUUAUUGAUUCUGAUGAUGAUUCUGAUAAUGGAUAUCUUUUCUUUGGGAAAAGCAAAUCAGUAAAUCAUCAUAAUGUAUUGAAACCACCUUCUUCAGGUGAAAGUUUAUCAAGAAAAGUUAGUGAUAAUUAUACUUCAAGAUAUGAAUUAGAUACUGAUUCAGAAGAUGAAACUAUUCUUGUUGAAGAGUUCAAUAAAUUAAUGAGACCUAUAAAAGCAACUAAAUCAGAUAAUAAUCUCUUUAAUUUGAAACCACCUCAUUUACAAAGCUUGAAUGAAUUAAAUGAUUCAUUAUUACAAAAAUCCAAUAAUCCAAAUGUUUUAACUAAUGUUAGAUCAAGAACCAUUUCUGAAAAUUUAGUUGAACCACCUAAAUUACAUAUGAAGGUGUAUAAUUAUGAAGAUAUUUUCACACAUCCUGCUCCUUUAAAAAUAGGUUAUGAUCGUGAUGAUUAUGACUAUGGUUUUGAAACAAAAUAUUUAAUUUAA